AUGCUCCUCCUGUUGCUGGGCAUCAUCAUCCUCCACGUCGCAGUGCUGGUGCUGCUUUUCGUCUCCACGAUCGUCAGCCAAUGGCUCGUGGGUCAUGGAUAUGCAACCGACCUCUGGCAGAACUGUAGUGCUUCUUCCACAGGCAACAUCCACCACUGUUUCAUGUCAUCAGCAAAUGAAUGGCUGCAGUCCGUCCAGGCCACCAUGAUCCUGUCCAUUAUCUUCAGUGUUCUAUCCCUGUUCCUGUUCUUCUGCCAGCUCUUCACUCUCACCAAGGGGGGCCGAUUUUACAUCACUGGAAUCUUCCAAAUCCUUGCUGGUCUGUGUGUGAUGAGUGCGGCAUCCAUCUUCACAGUGAGGCAUCCAGAGUGGCAUCUCAACUCUGACUACUCCUAUGGCUUCGCCUACAUCCUGGCCUGGGUGGCCUUCCCAUUGGCCCUGCUCAGUGGUGUGAUCUACGUGAUCUUGCGGAAACGUGAAUAA